CCAUGGUGCAGGGCCACGCCUCCGUCUGGGUCAGUCAAAACUACUCUGCGCGCAAGUGGAAGAUCGUCAGUGACGAGACGGUCAAGAUUGAAGAGGGUGCAGGCUCCGCCUUCCGAGUCGUGCCUGGGCUAACGGGCGAAAAGGGCACCGUCUCUUUCGAGGACGCCGCGCGGCCCGGCCGCUACCUGCGCCAUGCGGGCUACGCCAUGCGCUGCCACAGCAGCAGCCAUGGCGGCCCCUUCGCCCUCGAUGCCACCUUCCGCCCCAGGCCAGCGCUGACGGGGGAGCCGGGCUUCGUCUCCUACGAGUCGGUCAACUUUCCGAGCCGCUACAUCUCCCACCGCGGCUUCCAUCUGCGCAUCGAGCACGCCGAGGACAGCACGCUCCACCGCAACGACGCUUCGUUCCGCAUCGAGACCUCUGCUCGCUAUUGAGAACAAAUAUGCAAGACGCGGCGCACGAUGCAUGAUGCAUCCGACCAAGCACCCUCUGUCCAGCGCUGGCAGCGCUCCCCCCCCCACAGUAUGAAUCGCGUUUCCCUUCUUAUGUUCCUUUGCAAUCGCCGUCUCA